CUGAAUGUGGAGCCAGGAGCCAUAAUUACAUUGCUGGGAAUAGCCACAGAGAUUCUAUGUCUUCGGCGAUGUGUUUACUGAAACAAAUUCUGAGCGAGCGUAUUGUGCUUGGAAUUGCACGUUGUUGAUGCGUAAGAAAUAAUGUUAACGGUAGGCAUUGUACGGGUUCAGGUUGUUUUAAAUAAAUACGCUGUGAAGCCUUUCUGGAAAAUCUGAAAAGAUUGAAAGUGUCGUAAUUAAAAGAUGUUGUUGCUUUCCGUAGCGGUGAAAAGGUUCCCGUAACUAGAAAUUUAGCGGCGAUUGUUUGUGGAAAUAGUCAACCUGCUCGGAAGUUUUGGUAUUUGACUUGCAGUUUUACUAAUAUCGAGGAGAAACGUAAUUUUACAGGCAGACGGGAAUAUCUCAUGGCUUAAGUAAAAAGACAGUGGUCAAAUUUUCACCCAUACAAACAAUGGAAUACUGAAAACUACAAAGAGAGCAUGUGCACAUGUUGGAGGACUUUUGAAUGGCAGGUGCUGUAAAAGUUGUAAAUCUCGACCAUGUUGAUACGUGGGAGCAGUACUUUAAGAAGAACAGAGACCGACUGAAAGAUCAUUUUGCAAACGCCAAAGUGCAAUGUGAUCCUGAUGCACGCUAUACUCCAAAUAAUAAUCUCGGCAAGAAAGUUUCAAUAUGGCAAGGAGAUAUAACAAAAUUGGAAAUUGAUGCAAUUGUAAAUGCUGCAAAUUCAACCCUUAUGGGUGGUGGAGGAGUGGAUGGUGCUAUUCACCGGGCAGCUGGUCCAGAAUUGAAGAAUGAGUGCAGAGGACUUGGAGGCUGUGAGGCUGGUGAUGCAAAAAUUACAAAAGGCUAUAAAUUACCAUCAAAAAAUGUUAUUCACACUGUUGGUCCUCUAGGAGAAAAGCCAGGCCUUCUUAAAUCUUGUUAUGAUACAUGUUUGAAUAUACUUGUCAACAAUAAUCUGCGAACAGUAGCCUUUCCCUGCAUUUCAACAGGAGUUUAUGGAUACCCUCCGAAUGCUGCAGCUAACGUUGCUCUUAAAACAGUUCGGAGUUUCCUGGAGAAGCAAGGAGAUUCAGUGGACAGAGUGAUAUUUUGCUUGUUCCUGGAAAAUGAUGUGAAUAUUUAUGAAUAUCUUCUGCAGGCCUACUUCCCAGUAGAAUAAACCAUUAAUAAAAAUUGUUUGUAUUUGAUACAAUGUGAGAGACUGGUCUUGAUAAAUAGAAAGGAAUGUGUCUUUACUUUGAUUUGGAUCUGUGUUAUCAGUAAAUAAAAAUUUAUUUAAUUUGAACAAAUAUUGCCAUCAUUAUGAUGGACAUAAUUGGGAUUUAAAAUAUGUGUACAUUUAUUUAUUACACAAUUGUCUUUUUUCACUUGAUUUACUACUUGUUGCAAUUGACUUAUGUAAACGUACAUUGAAAUAAAAUUCUUUGCAACAUA